GGACACGCUGAAAGCCAGGCCGGGCCUCUGCGGUGUAUAGAGUAGUGUCAGCGCUGUGUGUCAUGGUGACCUCCAUGUGAUGGCGAGCUACAGCAGGACAGCCCAGCAAUGGGCCACAUUCUCCAGAGUAUGGCAUAUCAUUGACGCGCGGAUGCAGCCUCCAGGGAAAAUUGCAUCUAUAUGCUCAGAACGCCUGCAGGGUUUGCACAAGCCGAUGUACCACGCACUGAGUGACUGCGGAGACCACGUGGUGGUGAAGAACACCAGGCAUAUCGCCUUCUCUGGGAAUAAAUGGGAACAGAAGGUUUACUCUUCCCACACAGGCUAUCCUGGAGGCUUCUCACAAGUCACCGCAGCCACGCUCCACAAGAAGGACCCUACGGCAAUUGUGCGAUUGGCUGUAUACGGGAUGCUGCCAAAGAAUCUAUUCAGGAGGACGAUGAUGACGAGAAUGCACCUGUUUCCUUAUGAGGACAUCCCAGAAGACAUCUUGAGGAAUCUCGUUGUGGAAUUGAAGCAGCCAAGAGUCAUUCCCAAGCGGCUGGAUGAAUACUCCAAAGAGGAAAUUGAGGCUUAUCCCAAGCUCUGGAUUCCAAGCCCGGACUACUUGCCCAAAUAACCGGGACUACACCGGUGCUGAUCUCCUGGCUUUGCCUAAUAACACCGCAACUGCUUCUGUCGGAACCCGACUUACCGGAUAAUAUUUAGGAAAUAUUGUAAUGUUUAUAUUUUACUUUUUGUUUUUCAUUUGACAAUAAAUACAUUUCCAGUA